CCUCCAGUUCUUAACCUGCCUCCUGUCGCCUCUCGCUCGCAGUCCAGUUGUCCAGCCGUGUGAGUGUCGGGGUGCCGAUCGGGGUGCGACGGGACUCCCCAGAGCCAUGCCAGCGGUGGUGGAUACGUGCUCCUUGGCCACUCCGGCGUCCGUCUGCCGGACCAAGCAUCUGCAUCUGCGCUGCAGCGUCGACUUCACUCGCCGGGCGCUGACGGGCACCGCCGCGCUCACGGUCCAGGCUCAGGAGGACAAUCUGCGCAGCCUGAUUUUGGAUACAAAGGACCUUACAAUAGAAAAAGUGGUCAUCAAUGGACAAGAAGUCAAAUAUGUUCUUGGAGAAAGACAAAGUUACAAAGGAUCACCCUUGGAAAUCUCUCUUCCCAUUGCUCUGAGCAAAAAUCAAGAAGUGGUUAUAGAAAUUUCUUUUGAAACAUCGCCAAAAUCUUCUGCCCUGCAGUGGCUCACUCCUGAACAAACUUCCGGGAAGGAGCACCCAUAUCUCUUUAGUCAGUGCCAGGCCAUCCACUGCCGAGCAAUUCUUCCUUGCCAGGACACGCCUUCUGUGAAAUUAACCUACAGUGCAGAGGUGUCUGUCCCUAAAGAACUGGUUGGAGAAGCACCUGACCCAGAAGAUCCGAGCAGGAAAAUAUACAAAUUCAGCCAAAAAGUCCCGAUUCCCUGCUACUUGAUUGCUUUAGUUGUUGGAGCUUUAGAAAGCAGGCAGAUUGGCCCGAGAACAUUGGUGUGGUCUGAGAAAGAGCAGGUGGAAAAGUCAGCUUAUGAAUUUUCUGAGACUGAAACUAUGCUUCAAAUUGCAGAAGAUCUGGGAGGCCCAUACGUAUGGGGGCAGUAUGACCUAUUGGUCCUGCCACCAUCCUUCCCUUACGGCGGCAUGGAAAAUCCUUGCCUCACUUUUGUAACUCCGACUCUGCUGGCAGGUGACAAGUCCCUCUCCAAUGUUAUUGCACAUGAAAUAUCUCAUAGUUGGACAGGAAAUCUAGUGACCAACAAAACUUGGGAUCACUUUUGGUUAAAUGAAGGACAUACUGUGUACUUGGAACGCCACAUUUGCGGACGGUUGUUUGGUGAAAGGUUCAGACACUUUCAUGCUCUGGGAGGAUGGGGAGAGCUACAGAAUUCGAUAAAGACUUUUGGGGAUACACAUCCUUUCACCAAAUUGGUGGUUGAUCUGGCGAAUGUAGACCCUGAUAUCGCAUAUUCUUCAGUUCCCUAUGAGAAGGGCUUUGCUUUACUCUUUUACCUUGAGCAGCUUCUUGGAGGACCAGAGGUUUUCCUAGGAUUCCUGAAGGCUUAUGUUAAGAAAUUUUCCUACCAGAGCAUAACCACUGAUGACUGGAAGGACUUCCUGUAUUCUCACUUUAAAGAUAAGGUUGAUAUUCUCAAUCAAGUCGACUGGAACACCUGGCUCUACUCUCCUGGACUGCCUCCUGUAAAACCCACUUAUGAUAUGACCCUGACAAAUGCUUGUAUUGCCUUAAGUGAAAGAUGGAUUGCUGCCAAAGAAGAUGAUUUAAGUUCAUUCAACUCAGCAGACCUGAAAGAUCUCUCUUCUCAUCAGCUGAAUGAAUUUUUAGCACAGAUGCUUCAGAAAGCACCUCUUCCAUUGGGGCACAUAAAGCGAAUGCAAGAGGUGUACAACUUCAAUGCCAUUAACAAUUCUGAAAUACGAUUCAGAUGGUUGCGACUCUGCAUUCAAUCGAAAUGGGAGGAAGCAAUUCCUUUGGCUCUAAAAAUGGUGACUGAACAAGGAAGAAUGAAGUUCACACGACCCUUAUUCAAGGACCUGGCUGCCUUUGACAAGUCCCGUGAUCAAGCCAUCUGUACCUACCAAGAGCACAAAGCAAGUAUGCACCCUGUGACUGCCAUGCUGGUGGGCAAGGAUUUAAAAGUGGAUUAAGGACCUGUCUGGUGCUCAUGUCAAGCGCUUCUCUUUUUUAAAUUGAAUUCAUAAAGAAAUAUAAACUCCAGCUCAUAUUGUAACUAAAAAUGUUUUUAUGUUUGGCUUUUUAUUGUUUUGUCAGUGAUUUUCAUAAAUAAAGCUGAGCUACCUUCCCCCCUAUUCCCAAAUCCCCAAUGGCAUGUUCUUUAUAAAGUGAAUUUUCUAAAAGUUUAA